AUGAUUUGGGGCGCACAUCUUGUCGUUUCAUCUCUCAUUGAUCAUGUCGGUACCAAUCCCCAUUCUGAUGCCGACACUCCGGGAUACACACCCCUAGACAGCGGCUACAAAGCAUUCAUGGCGCAGUGGCGUUCCAAGACGGAGCGUAUCUGCUAUCGUUCCGAAUAUAUUUACAUGAAGAUACACGCGCAAUUCUUUCUUUCGAAUUCAUGCUCCAACUUGGUCCCUUGUGCCUGCAUUCUUCGGUUCGUCCAACGUAACCAUUUCUCCCAGGUAUACGUUAAGCCGCUUCGCAUUUUUCACAGGUACUUGUUCCUGCCGAUGAAUUCACCAGGCGGUCAUUUUUCGUCUAUCGAACGACGAGCACGGAUCUCGUACGCACGAUUCGCGGGAGAAGCUUCUGUGUUUGCCGUACAUUCCAACCUCACUCAGAUCUCGCAUAUUUCUCUCCACCCGUCCCCACCAUAUAUCUUUGUGGCGACCCUUCGGUCAAGAAAUCUCGAGUGA